AUGUUUUGCUUUACCAAAACGAAUUCGUCAAGCGAGAAGAAAAGUAAAGAAGAAAAGCCAAAGAAAAAACCCAAGGAUUCGGAAAAAUCAAAGCCCGAAGGAAACUCAGAUGGAUCCAAGAAGCCCACGGAUAACAGUCACCAUGACGUCCCCUGCGGAAACGAAGAAAACGACGCGGGGGAUCACUGGAGAGGUUAUCCAGAUCAUGACGCUGAAUGUUAUGAGGAAGAUUGUUAG